GGUGACAAAGGUCCUGCUGGAGCCCCUGGCUCCCCGGGUGUCAAGGGGGAGCCUGGAGCUCCUGGGCCUGAUGGUCCCCCAGGGAAGCCUGGCAUUGAUGGCCUGACAGGAGCAAAAGGGGAACCAGGACCUAUGGGUGGGCCAGGACUGAAGGGCCAGCCUGGACUGCCAGGACCUCCAGGGCUCCCUGGUCCUUCACUGCCAGGACCUCCUGGGCUUCCAGGCCAGGUUGGGCUUCCUGGAGAGAUUGGAGUGUUGGGACCCAAGGGUGACCCUGGCCCUGACGGCCCUCGGGGUCCUCCAGGCCCUCCAGGCAAACCUGGCCUCCCAGGACACAUCCAAGGACUGGAAGGCAGUGCUGAUUUCCUGUGCCCAACCAGUUGCCCCCCAGGCCCCAAGGGCCCUCAGGGACUGCAGGGACUGAAGGGCCACAGAGGUCGUCCUGGAACUCUUGGGGAACCUGGAAAACAGGGAGGGCAGGGCCCCAAGGGUGAUGUUGGUGUCUCUGGAGAACAAGGAGUCCCAGGCCCUCCGGGACCACAGGGCCUGAGGGGGUACCCAGGGAUGGCAGGACCCAAGGGAGAGACAGGUCCUGCUGGCUACAAGGGCAUGGUGGGCACCAUCGGAGCAGCUGGGCGACCUGGCAGGGAAGGCCCCAAGGGACCACCUGGGGAUCCUGGUGAGAAGGGAGAUCUGGGUGGCCGUGGCAUCAGAGGACCUCAGGGAGAUAUUGGCCCCAAGGGGGAGAAUGGUCUCCCUGGCAUCGAUGGCAAGGAUGGCACCUCAGGUAUCCCAGGUGUGAAGGGCAGUGUGGGCCAGGCUGGACAGCCAGGAAUUCCAGGACACCGAGGACAAGCUGGCUUGCCAGGCCAGCCAGGGAGCAAAGGUGGCCCAGGAGACAAGGGGGAAUCAGGUGCUCGAGGCCAACCUGGAGUCACUGGUGCUCCAGGGCAGCUUGGUGAGCCUGGACCUCGGGGUGAGCAGGGACCACAGGGUGUCCCUGGCUUGAAGGGUGACAGGGGAGAGCGUGGCCUCGUGGGUCCCCCUGGGGAGCAGGGGAGAGUGGGGCCAAAGGGUGAGCAGGGCCCACCAGGGAUCCCAGGAUCCCAAAGCUUGCCAGGAAUCAAAGGAGACAAGGGCUCCCCAGGGAAAACUGGUCCCAAAGGCAACACUGGUGAUCCUGGUGUUCAUGGCCUGGCAGGGCUGAAAGGAGAGAAGGGUGAAUCAGGAGAGCCAGGGCCAAAGGGACAGCAAGGCAUCCAGGGAGAGCUUGGCUUCCCUGGCCCCACAGGAGAUGCAGGAGCCCCUGGAGUCAGAGGGUACCCAGGUCCCCCAGGCCCUCGGGGGCUGGUGGGGGAGCGUGGAGUGCCAGGGAUGCCAGGGCAGAGGGGCAUGGCGGGCAGGGAUGCUGGGGACCAGCACAUCGUGGACGUGGUCCUGAAGAUGCUGCAAGAGCAGCUGGCAGAGGUGGCAGUCAGUGCCAAGAGAGCUGCCCUGGGUGGAGUGGGUGCCAUGGGACCCCCUGGACCUCCUGGGCCCCCUGGACCUCCUGGUGAGCAGGGCCCACAUGGCCCCAUGGGACCUCGGGGUGUCCCAGGAAUCCUGGGGGCUGUUGGGCAGAUUGGCAACCUAGGACCUAAAGGUAGGUGAUGAGGG